GUUACACGGCUGUUGCAUAGUUGGUUCUUAGUUAACAAAUUAUACUCAAAAAGAUGUAGAUUUGAGUCAUGACAAUCGUAAUACGAGAGUUUUACCUUCUUAUAGGGUGAUUCCUUGUGAAUAUCAUAUAGUGUGUCUCCUGAUACACCACUAUCGUAUAUAGUGAUUAACGCUUCUCACGUACGUGAGAUAUUGUGUCGAAGCUCCUUAAGGUGAGUUCACCUUCUGCACCCAAGAUCUCUUCAGAGCUGAUGAUCGAUGCUCCGAAGAACGAACACUUUAUCAUCUCAACUUUAAUUUCUCUUACAUUCAUCAGCUCUGUCUGUUCGAUGACUACAACAGGAACGGCCUCUUCCGCUCCUCGGAGCAGCGCCUAUCACGUCUUCUUGAGCUUCAGAGGCCAGGACACUCGCCGGACGUUCGUCGACCACCUCUACACGGCUCUCGCCAACGCCGGAUUUCGCACCUUCCGAGACGAUUACGGGAUGGAGAGAGGAGAAAGCAUCAAGCUGGAGCUGCACAGGGCAAUCGAAGAGUCUAGGGUUUCAAUUGUCGUCUUCUCCAGGAACUAUUCUUCUUCCAGCUGGUGCCUCGACGAGCUCGUGAUGAUUCUCGGAAAACGGAGGAGGGAGGAUUCCGGCCACGUGGUUCUGCCGGUAUUUUACGACGUGGAUCCAUCCGAGGUUAGGAAAAAAACAGGGGAUUAUGCGGAGGCGCUUGCGAGGCAUGAAGAGCGAUUCGAGGGUGAAGCAAAUGAAUGGAAGGAGAAACUGAAAGGGUGGAAGGAAGCACUCGAGGAAGCUGCUAAUUUAACAGGCAUGGUUCUACAAAAUCAAGCCGAUGGGCACGAGUCAAAGUUUAUCCAAAAAAUUGUCAAGGUCGUUGAAGACAAGCUAAGGCGAACAAUCUUGAAUGUUUCCCCACAUCCCAUUGGACUUCAUUCUCGUGCCAAACACAUUCAUUUGUGGUUACAAGAUGAAGGGAGUGAUAUUGGAAUUGUCGCCAUCUGUGGGAUGGGUGGGAUUGGGAAGACAACCAUUGCCAAAUCUGUAUACAACUUAAACUUCUCAAACUUUGAAGGCAGCAGCUUCUUGGCAGAUAUAAGAGAAGUUUCUGGACAACAAAAUGGCCUAAUACGAUUACAAAGACAACUUCUUUUGGAUAUUGUAAAGGGAAGGAAGGAAAAAAUAAACAGCAUUGAUGAAGGGAUUGCUAGGAUCAAAGAAGCUGUAGGUUCUAAAAGAGUUCUUAUAAUUCUUGAUGAUGUGGAUAAACGGGAGCAAUUGCAUGCAAUUCUUGGGAUGUUGGAUUGGCUUGCUAUGGGUAGUAAAAUAAUCAUAACCACUAGACACGAGCGUUUACUAAAAACUCAUGAAUGUUGCAAAGUAUACAGGGUUGAGUUGUUGGAUCAUGAUGAAUCCUUAGAGCUUUUCAGUUGGCAUGCCUUUGGACAAAACCAACCUAGUGAUGAUUAUUUGGUAGACUCAAAGAAGGCAGUAUCAUAUUGCAGAGGACUUCCGUUAGCCAUUAAAACCUUAGGUUCUUCUCUAUUUGGGAAAAGCAUAGAUGUGUGGAAAAGUCAACUGCAAAAAUUGAAAGAAAUUCCUGACAAUGAAAUCCUUGAAAAACUCAAACUAAGUUACGACUCUUUACAAGAUGACCACGACAAAGAUUUAUUCCUUGAUAUUGCUUGCUUCUUUGUUGGAAUGGACAAAGACUCCACAAUCACAAUCUUGGAUGGAUGUAAUUACUACACAUUGGUUGGAAUCGAAAAUCUCAUUGACAGGAAUCUUUUGACAGUUGAUAUGCAUAACAAGCUGGUGAUGCAUCAACUGAUUCAAGAACUGGGAAGGGAAAUUGUUCGGCAAGAAUCGCCCAAGGUGUUGGGAGAACGAAGAAGGCUUUGGAAUCACAAGGAUUCAUUUCAUGUCUUGAGAGAAAAAACUGGCACCAAAAAAAUCACAAGCCUCGUUCUUGAUAUGCAUUUCUUGAAAGAAGAGAAAUCUGUAGGGAACAGCUUUGGGCACCUUAAAGAAAGCAGUUCCAAAAAGUGCAAGAGACGCCACUUUGAAAUCUUCUCCGGUCUUUUUAAAGGCAGUGCUAACAAAAAUUCGAAUGAAGAAGUUUUGGAAGUUGAUGCAUUUGCAGGCAUGUCCAACCUACAACUCCUACAAAUUAGUGAUGUACAACUCUGUGGAAGCUAUAAAAAUUUCCCGAAAGGAUUACGAUGGUUGUAUUGGUCUCACUGUCCUUUACAAUCAACACCUAAUGAUUUCCCUUUUGACAAGCUGGUUGCUCUUCAGAUGCCUUACAGUUCCUUGAAAAAUGUUUUCAAUGGAGCCAAGUGUCCUAUAGUAUUGAAGAUCCUUGAUCUAAGUCAUUCCCAUAACCUUUCUGCGACUCCUGAUUUCUCAAUGCUACCCAAUCUCGAGAGACUUUUACUUGAAAAUUGUACAGGGUUGGUUAAGAUUAAUGAAUCAAUCGGACUUCUACAAAGACUUGUUUUCUUAAACUUAAGGAACUGUCAGAAAUUGAAGAAGCUUCCGAAAACCAUUUGUGGGCUAAAAUCUCUGGCAACACUAGACAUUUCUGGUUGCAUAAAUAUUGAAGAACUUCCAACAGAGCUGGGGAAUAUGGAUUCUCUAACCGUGAUUCUAGCGGAUGGAACAGAAGUAAAUCAAUACUCUAUCACUCUGGAGGUCAAAGCGUGGAAUUUCUUUGUAUUGACUUGGCCAUUGAGUGUAAGACGAGUUCCAAAAAUUUUGUGGGUUUCUUUUCCCCAGUCUUUGGCAUAUUUAAGUAUUGCAAAUUGCAAUUUAUUUGAUGACACUUUCCCCAGGGAAUUUGGCAACUUAUCUUCAUUGCAGAUACUAAAUUUGAGCAUGAAUCCAAUUUGUGGCCUCCCCAGUUGCGUCAAGGAUCUUCGUAGCCUCCGGGUUCUGUGGUUAGAAUCAUGCCCAAGCCUUCGGUCACUUAAGCUGCGGGAAAAUAUAAAAAUACUAUAUGCUGUUGAUUGUAAAUCGUUAAAAAAAAUAACCUUUCGAUCAGUGCACCGCAUUUCAAGUGUAACUUAUAGCGGUUGUAGGAGUCUAUUUGAGAUUGAAGGCUUAUUCAAGUCAGUACCCUUAGAAAGGGUUGACGCAGAGCGAAUAAAUAAUUUGGGCUUAUGUGACUUUGAAGCUAUGGAUAAACCACCUGUGCGACUUUUACGCGGGCGUUCAACAAAGAUGAGGACUGUUCGACACUUGGGAAUUUACGAACCUCAUACAUUUUACACUUAUCUGCGGGGAAGCAAUGUUCCUAUGAAGUUUAUUCUUAAGAAUGUGGGAUCCUCAAUAUCUUUUACCGUACCUUCUGUUGUUAAUUUGAAAAUUCAAGGCUUAUCUGUGUGUUCUGUUUAUGCGCAUUCCAGACCUCGUGCUCCAUUUUCUCCGUCGACCCACCGCUCUUCACACAUAAUUAUCAGUAAUGCAACUAGGCAUUUGAAAUGGAGCUAUUGCCCCUAUUUCUUUGGCAUUUCAAAAACUGAUGACUUAUUGUGGUUAAGUUAUUGGAAGUUUGAGGAUCUGUUAGAAGGUGGUGAUAAGCUGAAUAUUUCGAUUUUUACAAGUCAAGAUUUCCAUGUGAAGGAGAUUGGCGUCCAUCUUGUGUACGAGGAGGCACAGGAAAAGAGGAGCACCCAAUGUACCUGUUUAGAAGUUGCCCAACAAAUCCAUCCCUAUGGAGAGGUAGUUCCUGGUUGUUGUAAUGGUAGUUGCUUGGAGUGCAAGAAUUAUCCUGUGCCUGCAAAUCCUGCGAGCACUAGAGUCAUUCGUCUUGGCAAUCAUCGUAAGGAUUGCUUAGAUUGUCCUGGAGGUUAUUUGGUAUGCCACCAUGCAGAUACGAUAACUCAUUAUGAACCUCUAGAUGCUUUGAGUAAGAAAUUAAUUCACAAAAAGUGAAGAGAGCGAAGAUAUUAUUUUAACCUUGAAUUUGUUUCGACUCUGGCUUCAAUUCCAAGCUGCUCACAUAUAGAGCCCAAUAAGCAAUCAAAAUGUCAUUGGUAACCCUAUGGCUUGAGUGUUGUUGAUAACCGUAUUAGAGUUUUGCUUUGUUAUUAGCAACGGCUUGCCCUUGUCUUUAUUGAUUGUGACUGAUUUUGGAUAUUUUCUUUCUCUUCAUGAUCUGGGACUUCCAAUGCUUUUCGGCCAACUUUGGUGACUGUUGCAAAAUUCAUAUGUUUUUCAUUCUCCGAUAUUUAUGCUUUAAUUCUAUGACCUUGUAAUUUAUUUCAUCAAUAGAUUUUGCUCAUCAGAACUAGUUUAUUUUUGCCCUUCCACUCUUUUAUGUCUUCAUUACUUGGAUAGGAAAAUUUUUAAUGUGCUUGAUUUCUCACUUGGAUUCAGCUCCAGAAGUAUCUCCUGUUAUUGAAUCAUUGUCUUUUGUAUUGAUAUACAGAGUUUUUGUAUUCCUUAAGAUUAUAUGAAUGGUAAAUGAUGAAUCUUGCCUUGUUUUA